AUGGUAGAGUUGAUCCCUGAUAGUAAAAAGUAUGGAAACAUUCUACAGAAGUGUCAAUGUGGAGAUGCAGUUUUAAUGUGCCUUCUGCUUUGCCCUUCAUACAAAUUAAAUCUGGAAGAACAACACUGGAUAAAGAAGUAUAAUGCUGUCGCUGAAGUUUUCAAAUUCAAGAAGAUAAAGAAGCCGUUUAAUCUUAGCAACUUAAAGAAGUACAAACCAAUACUGAGACAGGAUUAUGUGAAUGUUGAGUUUUCUUCUGAUUUCUUUAAACACACCAGUUUCCUUAGAUUCACUAAAAAUCCAGGUUUUGUGGAUAUUUUUCUGACCUCGGCAGAAAAAGACAACAUUGCUGAGUACUGCAGGUCAUGGGUUUAUCCAAAGAAAGAGGGGGAAGUCUUUUGCUGGUUAUCACCACAACAAACAGCACAAUUGAUAGAAAGACUUGGAGAGGAUAUUUUCAUCCAUCCAACAUGGCAGGAUACAACAAUACAUGAGGAUGUAUUUAAAAAUUUUGGUGUACCAAUGCCGAUUUUGAUGAGAGGAGAAGAGUCAGUGAAGACUUUCAUUGAAAAUCUGAAGAAAGGGAAGACAACCAUGUACCAUGCCUCUGGGAUGAUCAUUGGGUGUGCAGGUAGUGGGAAGUCAACUCUAUUAGAAAGACUGAAGGGCAUAGACCUGAAAGAAAUUCUGGAAAGUUCAAAGUCAACCAGGGGUAUUGAUGUCCAGGCUGACAUAUUUGAUGUAACUGGAAAAACAAUCAAGGUAAAUUCAUCAAGCCAAAAACAACGCUUUAAAGUUAAACUUGAUGAAUCAAGGCAACAAAGGAGUGUUCAGGACAGACCUGCAGAAUUAUCUGGUGACAUGAAAAGGUUGGACAUUGAAGAGAAAGUGUAUCAGAAGGAUACAGGCAGUAGAACAAGCAAUAAAGAAUCAUCGAGUGCUGAAGAAAUUACACAUGAGAGUUUGAAAACAGAAUCUGAAUCACAUAAAGGGAAUGAAGCCGCUGCCUUUGUUGAAAAAGAAGAAAUGACUGAAGACAAACAAAGUAUCCUUGAGAACUCAGAAAUAUCGGGAAUUUUACGAGUUUCCAAAGAUGCAUCGGAUGAUCCAGAGAAAAAAAUUACUAUGGUAGACUUUGCGGGACAGUGUUCAUAUUAUGCCUCACACCAGAUUUUUCUGAGUCCCCGGGCAUUCUUCAUUCUAGUGCUGAAUAUGGAAAAGAAAUUACUUGAAAAGGUUGGAAAAGAAGUCUGUAGCCAGGAAGGUUCGAUUUACGAAGGAUGGACACACAAAGACUAUCUCACAUUCUGGGCCAAGUCCAUUCAUCAAUACAGCAGUGAAAAGGCUCCUGUAUUACUGGUGGGCACCCAUGCUGAACAAAAGACAAAAGAGGAAAAAGAAAAGUUUUUCCGUGAGAUAUGGACGAGUUUGGAAACUAAGGAUGCGUCUCUGCAAAACCAUAUUGACAGGGAAAGGAUGUUUGCUGUUGGAUUCCAUGAGAAUGAAUGCAUUGAAAAAAUCAAGAUGUCAAUUGUUGAUGUUGUCAAGAAUCUUGAUCACUGGGGAGAGAAACUUCCAUACUCCUGGGCAAUGUUUGAAAAUUUCUUCCAAGAAAAGAAAAACCUUAAAAUCAUCAACAAAGAGACUCUUUUGGCUUUCAAUGAAGCAUUGCCAGAAGAACUGAAGUUGGGAACACAAGAAGAUGUUAACACCAUGCUGCAUUUUUUUCAUGACAUUAGAGAAAUUUUACACUUUGACCAAGAAUCCCUCGGAGGAAUCAUAAUUCUUGAUGUUCAAUGGUUUGCAGAUGCAUUCAAAAAUAUUAUCACAGAUAAAAACCAUGCAGCAGAGGAUUUAUUUAAGCUUGCAUCACAAUGGGACAAAUUUAAUGAAACUGGAGAACUGAGUGAUGUACUACUGUCUUCAAUAUGGAAAAUGAACAAGAACAGAUACCUGGAACACAAAGAUAUUAUUAUGCGCUACACGGAGAAGCUCGGACUCCUAGCUAAAAUGGAUGACAAAAAAUGGUAUGUCCCCUGUAUGAACAAGAAACCAUUUCCUGCGGAAUACUUUUCAUCCUACCCUGCCUCAUCCAUCCUAUGCUACGUCUUUGAUGCUCUUCCUGCUGGAAUUUUCCAGCGCCUGGUAGCUAUUUGCAUGCAAAUACCAUGGAAACUUAAUUCAAGUCGUGAUGAACUAUGUAUUUACCAGACAGGAGCUGUGUUUCGUUUUGAGAACCAUAACAUUCUGAUUGGUGUGACACCAAAAGAAAUUCAGUUACAAGUGUUUGUAAUUGAAGGAGAGGUCGAUAAAUCAACAUGUCAACAAAUAAAGCACAAGAUCGACAAUAUACUGAACAUUCUCUCAGAAACAUUUCAUGCAGACUCUAAAUUUGCUCAUGCUUUCAAAUGUAAAGCUACGGGAUUCUGUGAUACCAGUGAAAGUUCUGUGAUCAACGAAUCAGAAUUUAUAAAACCAACCUUUCAGUGUCCUGCCUGUCCAAUUGGGAGAAUGCAUAACAUCAACUCAAAGGAUAUCAAGAAAUAUUGGAUACAGGUACAUAAUGAUGAAAAUCAACCUUCUGAAGAUAAAGGUUCACUGUCAGGGAGUUCUGGAUCAAGUGAGUCACAUCCAAAAGAUAAUUUUGCCAGGAUAUUUAAGUUAUUGCAAGUUGGAACUGAUGCAGUAAGAAUCUGCUUCGAUAAGUUCUUCCCAAACGAAGAACUACAAAAGACGCUAAAAGAAUAUGAAGCAGACAUGAGAAGAGGACAGUUCCGAUUCCAACCAUCACAGUUAGAAAUUCUUUUUCCUCAACUAG